AUGACCACAAAACCCCUCGUUGGGUCACAAACCCAACGACAGUCGCAAAGGUCAUUGAACUCAAAUAUUACCUCAAGACCCUCUCCACAAAGAAGUUUGUCGUCUACCUCACCGACCCGAAGACACAAUGAAGCCCUCAUCGACUUGACGCUUGAUGUGCCGGACCCUACAUCUGUGCGUUAUGGACAAACCUCGAGGGCAGGAGGGUCACGCCUGAAACAGGAAAUCUCAAAUGAGUCGAGGGGUUCGAUUCAAGCGGAAGCUACAAGCUCGGCAUCAUCAAAUGCGAUAUCAAAUAGGCAAUAUCUAUCUCCACGCGGUCGGCCGCAGCUUCAUUCCGAUGUGCUUCGGUCGAAAGCAUCCAAAUCCAGUUUGACGCCGGAUCAACACUUCAACCAAACAUCUGCGAAACCAUUUCCUCUCCCUGUUAGACCUGGACAACAUGCUCCACCUUUUGUCGAGAAGCCGGGCUCAUCGAUUGGGUCUUCCGGGAAGAAAGAUGCUCGCCCAAAGCCGUAUGUUUUAGAGGUUCCGACGGCUGCACCUUAUUCACCGAAUGGACAUGCAGAUUUCUUUCCGUGGAACGGCAACCACUCAGAAGAUCAGUUCUCCGAACCUGUCAUACGACAAGGCUUCUUCGAUAAGUCGCAAAUGUCACAGAACGAGACAGGAUCGGCAAAAGCCUCCAUAUAUCCAUCUCUGAAGCACAAAAGUGGCCUACAAACAUUGUCUUCGUUAUUCUCAAACGUUCUAGCUCAGCGACGGGCCCAUGGAAACAUCACAGCCAACUCAACUUUCAAGCCUCCACCACGUGUAACGGUUACAGACACAAAGAGAGAGAUAUGGCUCAAGGACUUAGCUAACCCAACCAUAUCGCUCCGUCGCCUAAGUCGAUCAAUCCCUCAUGGAAUCAGAGGUAGAGUGCUCCUAGAACAUUCUCUUAAUAAGAACAUCCCAAUCGAAAGGGCCGUCUGGCUAGCCAAAUGUGUUGGCGCAAAUGAACUGAGGUCUUUCAAAAGGAAAGGUGCGGGUGGUACAUUUGCUAUGGGAGGAGAAGCGAAAUGGGUGCGAGACUUCACAGUUUGUGUCGAACAGGUGAUGGAAAGCAUUAUUGGGUCGUGUGGAGAGAAGGACUUUCGUCGCAGGACUUGUUAUGCGAUUCGGUUGGCGGCACAUUUUCAUGCCGAAUGCCUUAUAGAUCGUGAGCAUUACAUAGAUUGGAUAUUAUCCUCUCUUGAGGCAACUUCUCAACCAAAAUUACCGAUAUGGCUGUUGAUUGCCCAAGUGUAUUGGGAAGAUAUUUUAAGAUAUCGGAGGUUCGGGCGCCGAUUAACAGCUACUUUGUUAAAUCAAUUUUCGGAGGUGAUUCGGCAUCCGGAUGCUGAUAUAUUGAGGCCUUUGAAUGAUCGUCUACGUUUACUUCUACACGAAUUGAUGAUGUCAAAUCCAGACAACUUUGUCUGUCCUGAAACCUGGUCCAAGCACAGGGAAAUCCUACAAGCUCAUCUAAACUACUCAGAUGAGCUUCCCACGACUGUCUGGGAUGACAUAAAUCGUCGUAACAUACGUCUUACUACUUUGGCUCCAGAUGCCCAGCAUCCUCCUCGACAACGCCUUAUCGACAUACUAGACAAAACUCUUUUUACCCUGUUCACACCCGAGGUCAUAGAUAUUUGCUGGCAGCUUGAUGCUGACAAACCCACUCUUAUUCAUGCAGUUCUGGAUUGGUCGACAUCUUGUUAUAGACCUGGAAAUGCAAAAGUGUUCAUAGGUGCUCGCAUCAUGCGAUCCUGGAGAAGACUGGGCACUGACGGAACUGCGAGUAUACUUUCAUUCCUUGACUCCAGUGCUUGCGAAAUUGGGCGUAAUAAGUCUUCGUUUUAUCAUCUUGUUUCCGAGCUAGCCAGAUCAAAUGAUUUUUGUAUCCCGACAUACCUCCAAUGGUUGAUCAGCCGAGGUGGUAUUCAUGGUCAUUCCGACUUGGCGCCAGACGGUCCUUGUGGGACAAGGCUCCUUGCAGAGCUUCCUAUUCACGACUUGAGUGGGGAGAUGGUCGCGCUGCGCAGGACUUUACUUUGCAGAGCGGAAUACCCAAUAGAAAUCGAAGACCACAAGAUGACAGCCAGCAUUUCUACCAUAAGCAAUCUUCUUCUACUGGCAGCUUCAGAACCGCGAUUGACCCAAGUCAAUCGCCGUGUUAAAGGCUUGCAUGACCUCAGAUCGUUAGCCCGCGCAAGCAAAUCCCACAUUGGAUUUUGGCUUCGUCGUGAAGUGGAACUACAGGUGCUGCCAUCAAGCACAGCAUUGAAUAAAUGGGAUGUAUUGCAUUCGUCCCGUGAAGCUUCUGUACUCACGGCGGUUGCGUUUGGCAUCCUGCGAGACUCUCUUGAAACUAUAGAUGAUUUCUCUAUGCUAGCCGAUGUGAUCAGAAUUGCCACAGCCUCAACUGAUUCUCAAGUUAUUGUGUCGUGCGCCGACACGCUUAAUAUGCACGCCGAGAUCUUUGCUGCGAUCGGGGCAAUUAAGAACCUGUUUGAUGUUCUUCUUGGUCGUGCGCGGUCCUUGGCAGAUGACCGCGAUAUUGUGCCACGAGUUAUGUUAGUAUCCCUGUUAGAUCUUUCAUCGAGAAUUCCUGAGAACCAGAGCAUUACCGCACAACUCGCCCGUCAGCUUGCUCUGAGUGAUAGAAAGUGUGUCGCCGAGGCUUGUUCUCCUGUGUCAGAUCAUAUGGCAGCCGCAUCACAGAAUAAUGAAGUUGAAUUUAUAGACGAAAUUGAGAAGCUUCUCGCAAAUGGUACCAGUAUUGAUCGGGGAACCAUGGAACGAAUAUUCCAAAGAUUGGCUCAUCAUUUGUCGGUUUCAUGGGAUAAGUCGGUAGAUCAGCAGCGAAAAUGUGUGUUACUGUUGACAACUCUAAGAGACUUCAACCCAAAGCCGUUUGAUUUGCUGAUGGCGAGCUGGCUAUCUCACAUUCCAAAAUUGGAACACCGACCCAGCAUGGUGAAAAUCUGUGGCCCGUUGAUAGGACUUGGUUGCCUUUCCAUGAAAGAUCUGGUUAAUGCCUGUUUAGACACUGGAAAGGCCGAAUUCAACUCACCCCGAAAAUUAGGCAUGAUAGUAGCCAUGGAAUUGCUUUCUUUACUUACGACCCCAGUACUUGCACCGGAGAUAUUGACAUCAGACGAAGCAUAUCACAUCCGACUCCUGCAAACUCGUAUGCAUAUUGAAAAUCCUGAACUGACAUUAACGGUCAUUCGGUCAGCAAUCGAGGCAUGCUCAACAGUGGCCCGCGAUAUGCCAUCCAUCGCCCUUCACACCUUGGAUGUCUUGGGCGGCUCAGUCAUGCAUGACUUACUCCAGACUUUGGUCUUAAUUGGCGGAGAUAUAACCAGCAAAAUCCUGGUGCUACCUUUGUCACACGGGUCUACCGACGAAGAAGCCUUCAAACUAAUAGCUACCGCGAUCAAUAAACUUCUGGUGCCUACAUAUCAGACUGAAUCCUCCAAUAUUUCGGUGGGUGAUGCGUUGAAAUUUGCGAACUAUCUUAAUUUACCAUUUUGCCAAUUAAAAGUGGCUUCUACUUUUCACUCUGGGAAACCUUCCCAAAGCAAUUCUUGGAACAUGGUUUCUCCUCAACUUGAUGAUCUUAAUCGCGCCGUUGAGUCUGCUAUAAAGGCAGGCGGAACGACCUGGGCCUGCAUUGUACCAUCGCUAGAUUUCACUGCCAUACAUCACUUACGACGCGGUGCCGAAGCCCAAUUACUCGCGCUUUUCCAUACUGCCAAAGCUUCAGGCUAUAAUGACAUCUUGGAGGAAGAGCACCAGUUGACAAAAGCAGAAAGUCUGUUGGUCAUCCUUGACUUGACUAUAGAUAAGACACAUACCGAGAAAGCAAGCGUGUCAAACACUUCGCCUAAUUGCUUUCCGGACAUUGUGAUCUUACUUAGCGGCGUCUCGCAAUACAUUGCCAACACACAAAACACUGGUUGUAAAGUCACCUUUCUGACGAAAUGGCUACCAUUGCUAUUAUCGUUCACGACCUCACAGGCAAUAGCAUUGGAACAGUCGAAAGCUGGUCAUGAGCAUCGUGGAAGAGCAAUUCUAUCACUAACAACAAUCCUUUUGGACUUAUAUGUCCUCAAAGCUAAUACGGAAAUUCAAUAUCUACCACUAGAGCAGUGCUUUGACCUAGUUCUGAAUAUGGUAGAUGUUAUCCCUGAUGAUAUUCGUCAGCAAUGUGGUCGCAACUUCCGCGAGGCAGCCUCAAAUUUAAUCAUUAGCUACAUUUACAGCAUUAUAGCGGCGCCAUCUGACUGGUUGUACAUCUAUCAAGGAGGCAUCCUGAAAAGUGCAGCUGCCGGGAGGCAUAGCAGCAAUACAAAUACAGAUCACAACAAAGAGCCGAGUCGACAACUAUUCCCUUUUACGAUGAAACGCUGGGAGAUGCUGGGUGAGCCUACUCCAAAUAUGGGGGAGAAUGAUACGAGUCUCAGUUUGACACUGUUUGCGAGCAGGAAAGGAGUUAGCUGA